AUUACUGGGCAGGCUCAGUCUUUCGCCUCAGUCUCGAGCGCUAGCUGGCAGCCAAGCGUACGCGCUCAGGGAUUAGCGGUCGCCAUCGACGGUGCUUAGGUUCCUCUGGGCUCGUCUGCGCCACUCGCUCGCCACAUACUCCAGCGUUAUAAGCCGCCAUCAUGGUAAAGCUCGCAAAGGCCGGUAAAAAUCAAGGUGACUCCAAGAAAAUGGCUCCUCCCCCAAAGGAGGUAGAAGAAGAUAGUGAAGAUGAGGAGAUGUCAGAAGAUGAAGACGAUGAGAGCAGUGGAGAAGAGGUUGUUAUCCCUCAGAAAAAAGGCAAGAAGGCUACCACGACUCCAGCAAAGAAGAUGAUGGUUUCCCCAACAAAAAAGGUUGCAGUUGCCACACCGGCAAAGAAAGCAGUUGUCACCCCUGGCAAAAAAGCAGCAGCUAUGCCAGCCAAGAAGACAGUUACACCUGCUAAAGCUGUGGUAACACCUGGCAAAAAGGGAGCCACCCCAGGCAAAGCAUUGGUAGCAACCUCUGGUAAGAAGGGAGCAGCUGCCUCAGGCAAGGGAGCAAAGAACGGCAAGAAUGCCAAGAAGGAAGACAGUGAUGAAGAAGAUGAAGAUGACAGUGAAGAGGAAGACGACGAAGAUGAAGAGGAGGAUGAACCAGCAGUGAGGAAGGCAGCUGCUGCUUUUGGUGGUGCUCCUGCCACAGAUGAUGAGGAUGACGAGGAUGAGGAUGAUGAUGACGAUGAUGAUGAGGAGGAGGAUGAGGAGGAUGAGGAGGACGAAGAUGACUCUGAAGAAGAACCUAUGGAGAUUGUACCAGCCAAAGGAAAGAAAGCUCCAGUAAAAGCUGUUCCUGUGAAGGCCAAGAGCACUGCUGAAGAUGAAGAUGAAGAGGAUGAUGAUGAUGAAGAGGAGGAGGAAGAGGAUGACGACGAUGAAGAGGAGGACGACGAUGAGGAGGAAGAGGAGGAUGAGGAGGAGGAAGAAGAGGAGGAAGAGGAAGAAGAUUGUUUGAACUCUUGUCCAGAGCCUGUCAAAGAAGCACCUGGAAAACGAAAGAAGGAAAUGACCAAACAAAAAGCAGCUCCUGAAGCCAAGAAACAAAAAGUGGAAGGCACAGAACCAACUACAUCUUUCAAUCUCUUUGUUGGAAACCUGAACUUCAAUAAAUCUGCUCCUGAAUUGAAAACGGGUAUCAGUGAUCUUUUUGCUAAAAAUGAUCUUGCUGUUGUCGAUGUCAGAAUUGGUGUGUCUAGGAAGUUUGGCUAUGUGGAUUUUGAAUCUGCUGAAGACCUGGAAAAAGCCUUGGAACUCACUGGUUUAAAAGUCUUUGGCAAUGAAAUUAAACUAGAAAAACCAAAGGGAAAAGACAGUAAGAAAGAUCGAGAUGCAAGAACACUUUUGGCUAAAAAUCUGCCUUACAAAGUUACUCAGGAUGAAUUAAAAGAAGUGUUUGAAGAUGCUGUGGAGAUCAGAUUAGUCAGCAAGGAUGGAAAGAGUAAAGGGAUUGCUUAUAUUGAAUUUAAGACAGAAGCUGAUGCAGAAAAAACCUUGGAAGAAAAGCAGGGAACAGAGAUAGAUGGGCGAUCCAUUUCUCUGUACUACACCGGAGAGAAGGGUCAAAGUCAAGACCAUAGAGGGGGAAAGAAUAGCACUUGGAGUGGUGAAUCAAAAACCCUGGUUUUAAGCAACCUCUCCUAUAGUGCAACGGAAGAAACUCUUCAGGAAGUUUUUGAGAAGGCAACUCAUAUCAAGGUGCCCCAGAACCAAAAUGGCAAAUCUAAAGGGUAUGCAUUUAUAGAAUUUGCUUCAUUUGAAGAUGCUAAAGAAGCUUUAAAUUCAUGUAAUAAAAGGGAAAUUGAGGGCAGAGCCAUCAGACUGGAGUUGCAAGGACCCAGGGGAUCACCUAAUGCAAGAAGCCAGCCAUCCAAAACUCUGUUUGUCAAAGGUCUCUCUGAGGAUACCACAGAAGAGACGUUAAAGGAGUCGUUUGAUGGCUCUAUUCGAGCAAGGAUAGUCACUGACCGGGAGACUGGAUCCUCCAAAGGGUUUGGUUUUGUAGACUUCAAUAGUGAGGAAGAUGCCAAAGCUGCCAAGGAGGCCAUGGAAGAUGGUGAAAUCGAUGGAAACAAAGUCACUUUAGACUGGGCCAAACCUAAGGGUGAAGGUGGCUUUGGUGGUCGAGGAGGAGGCAGAGGUGGCUUUGGAGGCCGAGGUGGUGGCAGAGGUGGCCGAGGUGGAUUUGGUGGCAGAGGCCGGGGAGGCUUUGGAGGGCGAGGAGGCUUCCGAGGAGGCAGAGGAGGAGGAGGAGACCACAAGCCACAAGGAAAGAAGACGAAGUUUGAAUAGUUUCUUCUAUCCCUGUCUCUCCCUCUUCCAUUUGAAAGAAAGGACUCUGGGGUUUUUACUCUGUUACCUGAUCAAUGGCAGAGCCUUCUGAGGACAUUCCAAGACAGUAUACAGCCCUGUGGUCUACUUGGAAAUCCGUAUAGAUAACAUUUCAAGGGAGAUAACCCUGUUGGUGUUGACUGGAUAUUCGUAUAAACUUUUUAAAGAGAUGAGUGAUAGAGCUAACCCUUAUCUGUAAGUUUUGAAUUUAUAUUGUUUCUUCCCAUGUACAAAACCAUUUUUUUCCUACGGAGUUGUUGUUGUUUUUUUUUUUUUUUUUUGCGUUGGGGGGUGUAAAGGAAAGCCGAAUGUUUUAUCAUGAUUUUUGCUUCAGCAAUUUUGGGACAAAUUAAAAGUCCUAGAACUCUG